GUAUGAAAUGCUCCAUGACAGUGACAUCACUGACACAGUGAAACCUAAAUAGGAAGUUGCUUGGUGUAUUUAUAAGCUACUUAAAAACUCAGGUCAUAAACUGUGAACUUUCCUGUUAAUCUGAUGAAUAGACACAAGGAUAAAAUGAAAAUAAAUGACAAAAGUUUAACUAAAUUUGCUUCAUCAGGAGCCCCAGCAGACAAAGAAGGAUAUUUACUGAAAAGAGGAGAUUUUAAUAAAGGUUAUCAAAGGAGAUGGUUUGUGUUGAAAGGAAAUUUAUUAUUUUACUAUGAAAAGCGCAAUGACAAAGAACCUAUAGGAGUUAUUAUACUUGAAGGAUGUACUAUAGAGUUGUCAGAGGAUACAGACGGGUUUGUUUUUCAAGUAAAAUUUAGUGCCUCUGGUUGUAGGACUUACAUUAUUGCUGCAGAUUCACAAGAGGAUAUGGAAGCAUGGAUGAAAGUCCUUUCAAGAGCAAGUUAUGAUUAUAUGAAACUUAUGGUGUCAGAACUUCAUAGACAAUUACAGGAUCUAAAUGAAGAUGCAAAACUUGUAGAGGAUGCAAUGAGAGACAGUCUUAUUUUAUCAGGAACUUAUGGAAAUUUAGACCAAAGAAACUCAUAUCAGGAGAAUACGGAAGAAUCAGUUGAAAAUAUCACACAACCUUUGAAAAGAUUUAACCCGUUCAAUACCUCAGAAGAAAACUUGACAUGCUUGACAGACUCCGCUAAUUUUCAUUUUUAUGAUGAUGCAAAACCGAAACAUAAAACAUUUGCUCAAAUGCAUGAAGAAUAUGGGAAUCAGAUCAAACAUAUGAAAGAAUUAUGGGGUGCAAGGACAUCAUGUUUGGUUGAAGAUCUAACAAGUUCCAGUGUAUAGCCAAAAACAUUGUUAAUCCAAUCAUGGAAUACAUGUGUUACACAUAAUGGUUGUAUUGUGUUCCCAUUUUAGUAGUUUGAUGUCUUAUAUUUAAAUUAUAAUUCAUUUUAUUUAUUUAUUUUAAUGAUUACCAACUUUUUAAAACCCAGUUACAUAGCUGAAGGUAUACAAAGUAAAUCCUAUCUAUUCAUACUUCAGACAUCCCCUGACAUUGAGCAUAACAGGGUAUUUGUUAUUUUAAGAUUUUAAAUUACUACUACCAUGACUACUGAAAGACUUUGAUAGUACAAUUACUUUAAUCAUGAUAUUGUUGUAACAAUUAUCUCAAAACGAUCAAUUAUCUCCCUUUGAAAGCAAACUGAUGCUUACAAUCAAUUAUGUAUGAUCCUGAAUUGAUGAUGAAGAGAAAGUGAAAUAACAAUGAACUUAUUUUGUAUUUUAUUUACAUAUUAAACUGUCAAUUUUAUCAUUUUUAAACUGGUAAAGGCAGUCUUCGUGUCAGUAAAGAGAAAUAAAAAUUUAACCUCAACUUACAUUUUUUCAUGUUUUACUUUGUUUUAAAAUAUAUAUAUAUAUCUAUAUUAAAAUGAAUUAUAAUUAAAUUGAAAUAUAAUUGAUUAUACAUUCCCAUAAUUGCUAAACACUAACUGUUAUUUAUAUUCUAUAUUGCAAUUUGAAUAGAAAUUUUAAUAUGGUUUCAUCAUUUUAUUCAUAAUGCUUUUAAUUUAAAAUUUUCUGCAGUGAUUUGAUAAAUGUUUUGUUUCUAUUUUACAGAAAGUCUUUAAAAAUGCAUUAUUUUUCUCAUAAACAUUUAAGACUUUUUAUAAGCACAUAUUUUCAAACCCAUUCUACCCGUAUAUCAAAGAAACACAAUUUUCAGAUGUUUUGGAUAUUUUAGCAAAUGUUGUGAUCAUACUUGAUCAGAUAUGGUUAUCACAUGGUUAUUGUGCCACCUUCAGCAUGUUUAGGGUCUUUUAAUGAGUACUCAUCAUGUAUUUUGUCUUUGUGUUUGUUUUUUAAUUGGUGGAUUCUAUAUGCACAACAAUGUAUAAACAGAGAAUUUUUUAUCAUGCUUAUUUUAUCUAAUACAUAUAUAUAUAUUGUAACUCAAAGAUCAAAGUAUGUAUUAUAUCAUGAAAGUUUGGUGAAGAAUGAUGCAUGUAUCCAUAACCACUGGUUUAGCACCUCUUAAGUUGAUAUUGUUAAGGCCUUUUCACUUUCUGGGCCAAUGUUAUGACUGUAAUUAUAGAUAAUCCUUGAUUCUGAAAACCAGAGGGACUUUCUCUGCUACAAUCUCAUCGAAGGGUGAAAGUCGAGGGAUAUCAGAUGUAGCUGAGAAACUUCCCUGAGUUGAAGCACAAUAGAUACCAUAAUUCAGGAUAUUUACGGUGUUUUUAUUAAAAAUUAAUAGUUAAAUUUUGGUGUUUCCGAUUUUUGCUGUUUGGGUCAAUCCGUUUUAGAUUUUUGCCUUAAGGAAUUCAUUGUUCAGAUAGUGUUGUGACUAGUACUUAUGUAAAAUAAAAUUUGUAUUGACAUCGGUAAUAUGAAAAAUUUAACACAUCACAUACAGACAUAUUAAAAAGGAUAGUAAUAAAGAAGAUAGUAAAAAGCUGCAGAUUAUAUACAUUCCAACAAUUUGACAUUAGAUUUGGGGGUAGAUCAACGGAAGUUUACAUUUUAUGAUCAUUAAUUGAAUUAUGUAGAAAUUGUUUCAAUAAUCAAUUGAUCUUGCAACCAGGAAGGAUGGUUAAAUUUUUAUUUCCUUUGAUGUACUAACCAGAUAAUUGUAUUACUAUUGUUAAUGCCUUUUCCUAUAGUCAGAUUAUGUACUAGAAAUUAGCACUUCUCUUUAGGAGCAAAUUACUAUAUCAUGUCAUAAAAUUUCACAAGAAUGGGGUUUUAAUCUUCUACAAUUGCCUUCAUGUCUGCAAACACCAAAAAUCUUUAUACCUAUGAGGUUCUAGAAAUGAUCCGGCUAAACAGUUACAUAUAUGCCUUAUUAAUAAGUCCAACUCUUUAGUUUUUCUAAGGUUACACAUUGUGUAGUGAGGCUUUAAAUUUUCAAAAUGCAGGCGAUAAUUAAGAUGGAGGUAACUGAAAUAAUACAUGAUUAGCUUAUUAUAUCUCCCAUCCCCAAUUAAGUAAAGGGGGUACAGCAAUUUGAGUUUACAUUUCAUUUAUCUUUCAUUUGUUUGAUUGUUUGUUUGUCUCGCCAUCUUCAAUUUGUGUGCAAUAUUUCACAAUAAGUAAUUGUUUUCAGUGUAACUUCAGAGAAUCUUUACUACCUGAGGGCAUUAUUCUGGUAUAUUUCUUUUUUAUCAAAAUGAUUUUGGGGGUUUCCCAUGGCAAAACAUGGCCUAUGCCAUACAAGUGUAUUUACUAAAGAGGUUGACAUCUCUUGCAUUCAUGUCUGGAUUUAAAUGAAAGUUUUACAGUGUCUUCAGUACUUUAUGACUUUGUUUACCACAGUGUUCUUCUCAGGGCCUUUUAAUGUGAGGGAAACGACAAACUUUUGGGAUGUUGGAAAAAAUUACAAAAAAGGGGUAUUUGGGAAAUGAGCAUCCCCUCUAGUGUGAUAAUGUAUUGCUUGAAAGUGAUGCUAUCAAAAAUGAUUUCUUAUAGAUUGUGUUAUGGACAUGAUCGAUGUAAUACUAUAAUUUCUAGAAACAAGAUGGCAUUUCAAAAUCGAUGUUUAUCAGGAUGCUGUUCAGAUACUUUUAAAUGGUUUUUUGUUUGUUUUAUAAGAAGAGUUGAUUGCAUUUUUUAGUUUCGGGUUUGUGAAUUUUUUAUGAAAUGCAUGUAUCCAUCACAUUUAGUGUUUUUAAAUGAUAAAAUUGAGAUUAUUUUCAUUAAAUACAUGUAUUUGUCAGCUUUUUCUGUGACAUAAUUUUAUUUAAGUUGCCCAAAUCUGAAAAACUAAUGAAAACUACAGUCAACAAGUUUUUUUAUGAGUUAUUUUCCUUUUCGUAAGGUGUUUAACAUAUUAACCAUGAAACCAACUUUCUGAAAAUAAGCCAGAAAUUUUACCACACCCAUGUCAUUUUGCAAUGAUUAUCAUAUUUUACCACUGAAUUCAUAAUCUUCUUGAUGAAGUCUUUUUUAAAAGGCAUAAAAGAUAACAUAUAUUACAUAAAAAUUAUUGAAAAAUAAAGAUUUGUUCAUGCAAGAAUAGAAGGAGAUAUGGGGUAUGCAUCAAUUAGACAGCAACCAAACACAAAAAACUGAAAGGAAUAUAUAUAACUUUGUAGGUCAACAUAUGGUCUUCAAUAACAGACAGUUAUUUAUACAAUAUUUCAAACACUAAAUCCCAACAAGUAAAAAAAUAUUUAAGAAAUUUUAAAGAAAAUCAAAGAUCUGCCAUGGAGCAAAUGAAAUACAACCCUGUGCCGCAAAUAAAAUACUGCAUUUUAAAAAAAAUUGGCACAAAUGUAAUGCCCCUGCCAUUCGACACCUAAUUCCCAUGUGCUUGUUUUUCAAAAUCUCAUUUUUUUUUCACAUUGAAAUUACAGGAAGAUAUAAAUGUUAAUUUGUUUGAAAAACAUACAAGAAAUACUAAUUUAACGUAAAAACAUUUUUUUUAAUAAUUGAGAUGUUUUGUUUUAAACUAAUUUUAUAUUAUUUAUUGUCUAUUUUUGUUAUUCAGUAACAAUCCUAUUAUUUGGAUUUUACACUAAUAUAAUCAUGAUAAUAUCUUAUAUCAUCUUAAACAAGGAAAUACAAGGCAUAUUAACACAUAAACUAUUCAUGUAAUAAAUCUCACAAAAUGUAAAAUAUGUUGAAGAGGUUUACUUUAUGUUGUUUUAUUUUAUUAUGUAGCAAUAUAUCUGGAUUCAGUUUCUCUAUGUCACUCAUUCUAUAUAAGAUUAAUUUUCCCUGAUCUCUUUGCAGUGUAUUUUCAGCUUUAUAUGUUAAUAAGUUUCUUGCCAAGUAUAGUCAUUCAUUCAGUAAGUGUAACCAUUUUUUUUUUAAAGUUUUCUUUCAUCAAUUUUAUCUUUUAUCAAUUUAUUAAAUUUUAGGAUUAAAUGAUUAGAUAAUUAAAUAAUUGCAAUAACUAUGUUCUGCCUUUACAAAAUGUUCAUCUAAGGAUGGUUGUAUUUCAAACAAAAAAGGGCAGCAAGGUCAAAUUCAUAAAUUGCCUCAGGUCACAAGGUCAUAUUUAAGAAUUGCCUCAGGUCACAAAGUCACAUUUGAAGAUUGCCUCGUGUCAAAAGGUCAUUGAAAAGCAAACUAUAUAGUUCUAAACUGAUAUGAUUUACGGUUUUUAACAUAUUUAAAGGUCAGAAGUCCUUUUAAAUGAGAUCAGGUGGCAAGGGUGCCUCCCAAACCCCUGAAGGUUUUGCAGGUUGGAUUUGGCCAUGUUGCAGCCACUAAUACAGUAUUUGAAUAUGUUGUUGAUUGUUUUUGUUUGUACCUGAGUCUUUUUCAAGGAGUCUGGUUUUGGUGUUUUGUUUGGUCUUAUGGACUGUCCAAAAUAUUGGGUCAUUUCUGUUUAAUAUCCUUUUUAUGUAAAGACAUAUCAAAAGCAAAGAUUUUUUAAAAUGAUUUCUUUUGUCAGUCUUUACUUUGACUUUUUAUACAUUGUGACUUGGAUGGAGAGUUGUUUCAUUGGCACUCAUACCACAUCUUCUGAUUUAUAUUUAAUAUAUUGUAAAUACCAAGAUAGAAUUCUGUAAAAAAGUAACCGAAUAAACCACACAAAACAUACAUGAUUGCCACAACUUAAUAUGUCAUUGAGAUAGUAACCAGCAGAGGACAUAUAUAAUCAAAACACAUCUUUAUAUGUUUGAGAUGUUUUGUCUUGCAAGUCCUUGAUAAAAUCUGUGUGAUUGUGCAUUUUUUACUUUGUUGGUCGAGCUAGUCCUUUAUGAACAAUAUUUGCCACUGGACAUUGAGCAACCAACAAUCAAUCAAUCCUUUAUGAACUAUGUGAUUGUUGUUGUGGUACGUAUACUGAUCUGAAAUUUAAGAUCCCUACCACCAUAGAAUGAAGCAGUGCUCCGCCACCUGUCCCAAGUCUAGAGCCAGUAGUCCAGUGGUUGUUGUUGGUUGCUGUCUAUCAUAACUAUUUUUUUUGUAAAUGUAAUAAGCUUCAAUCAGGCCACUGGGUUUCUCUUUUUGUUCUCCUAGGACUAUUUAUAGCUUACUUAUUGUAUGGUUCUUGCUCACUGUUGAAGGCCUUAUAGUGACCUGCAGUUGCUUACGUCCUUGACAUUUUGUCUGUGGCAGAUAGUUGUCUCAUUUGAAAUCAUACCAUGUCUCCUUAUUUUUAUAUUUAAACUAUAUAAAAUGAUGAGGGGAAAAUUAAAUCAAUUUCAUGUGUCAUUCAAACCAUGCUAAACAAUAUGAUCAGAGGAUUGUUCUUGCUAAACUUAUUCUUUUGCUGUUGAUUAGAAGUCCAAGGAGUUCCCCAUUGUGUGACACAUUUACAAAUAGGACCUUACAACAGAGCAUUUAUUCUUCUUGGGCUUAUUUAGACUUUCGUGCAGAUUUAAUUUAUAUUUUGCAUAUGUGUUAGAGGUUGAUUUCAUUCUUUAUUAUUUUUGUUAUUUCAAUGCUUAUUCAAAUAAUUAAUUUCUUGAAUAGAAUCCAUACAUAUGUUAACAAACAUCACAUAAUAGCCUUUCAUAAUAUUUUAAAUCUAUGUUAAAAACUGAAAUCUUAAACAACUUGUAGACUGAUGCUUCUUUUAACAUCAUUUCAUUGAUAGAUAUCUAUAUUAUGAGUUAACUGCUACUAAUCAUAGUGUUUCAUUAAAGUGAUAAUUUUUAAGUUUAAUAUUAAAAAAUGUAAAGUAGCUAGCACCAAGGAACAGAGUUUCACUGUGGAUAUUAUGUGAAAUACAUUUAAACAGAUAAUUUAAUUCUAGGGAACCAUGCGAGUUGUUGAAAUCUACAACACAACUGGCCAUACUGCAGUGUCCUCCAGAAAUCUUCUUUUUUUUUUUGAAAGCUUAUGUUGUUUAGUUGCUGUCUUAUUUUUACGUACAUCCCACUCUUCUAUUGGUUCCUGCUCUGGUAUAUAUGUCCACUUAGUAAAGCAUUAAUGACAGUUACACAUUUUACAUUACUGACCCAUAAUUAUCAAGAUUCUUUCAUUGUUUUGCCUUCCUAUCAUAGUGUUCAGUAUGGUGCUUGUAUUUCAGAUUUUAAACAUUCUCAUCUUGCUUAUUGUGAUAUGUCUUAAUGGUAUGAAUACACUGGUCUCGUACUCUAUUCGUCUUUUGAAAAAAGAUUGUAUUUUUAUUUACAAUAUACUGUAUUUGUUAACUUUUUAAAAUAUCUCAGUUUUACAAAUUAUAUUUAAUUAACAAACGAA